GUGUAAACACAAUCGUGAACAAAGGGAGAUCGGAGAGAUGUGUGCCUGGUCGCCGACUUUAAUAAGCUGAAAUAAGACAACAGGAAGUCAUAGUCAUAGAAAAACGAGCGAGAUACUGGAGUUCUCGCCCUCAGCGGAACAUCUGGCUGUUCUCUAUGAGAAUAAUUCUAUUUUUGUAAUAUCUGCAAUAAAUUGUAAUUAAAUUGUAAUUAUCUAAAUGGUAACAACACGCAAACUUGUACUUAGAAUGCUCCUUUGCACUUCACUGUAGGCCACUUAAGAGUCGUACCAAGGAAAGGAUGUAACAAGUAAGAUAGUGAUGUAAGUGAUGGCAUGGAAGACUCGCACCCUGGUUCUACCUCUUCUCACAGUACACGUCGUCUGGCAGUGUUUAUACGUCUCUUUUGGAGAGAAUAUCAACUGCUGGUGGAAUAAGGUUCAAUCUGUGGACUGGAAUGUGUAUAUUGAGUGUCAAGCACUUCCACCAAUCUCCACGCAGAAGUGUCACUGUGACCUUCAACUCCUGCUUGAACAGCAAGUACAAGCCAAGUUUAAUCAAUGUAACCCAGUCAGUGCACAUUUCACCACCACUGUGAAAAAACAAGACAUACAGAAUGUAUGCACAGUUACAUGCCAUGGACAGGACCCAGCAAGCUGUACAGUGAAAGAAGGCUAUCCUCCUCCCAUUUGUUCAAUUCCACUUGAAGAUGUUGAAAUGAAUAUGAAUUGCAGCUGGCCCCACAACCUCUUAAACCCCAUGAACUUCACCCUGCAUCUGGAGGACAUGCAUGGAAAUGGGGUUGGUGGCUCUCCUCUAAAGUUGGGGGUCAACAACAGUGUCAUUAUCCAGCGAGCCAAAUACAAUGCUGGUUCUGGCCUCAGAGCUUGGCUCUCUGCUUCAAACGCACUGGGCUCUGUGUGGUCAGAUGAGGUUACCUUCGACAUGGACGCCAUCGUUCAGCCAAGUGCUCCCCUCAUCACUGGCCAUGAACCCAAGCCACUGGAGAUCCUGUGGGAGGCUAAGAGGGAUGCAGGCCUUCCAGCCCAGUGGCUUUGUAAGGUCCAGUACCGGAGGCCAUGUGACCCAGAUUGGACAGAGGAUGAAGCCAGUCAUGAGGCAAAUUUUGUCCUAGAAGACCCUGUGCCCUUCACCACAUACACAUUUCGUGUUCGCUGUUGGUUGAGUUCUGUAAUGAGAAAUUAUGUUGUUAUGAGUGACUGGAGUGAGGAAUAUAAUGCCAAGACUCCUCCUGCAGUUCCUCUCGGAAAACUUGAUGUGUGGAGUGUCUGUGAGCCUAGUUUGGAGGCACCUACCUGCAAAAUUCUGUGGAAGGAGAUGCCUGUGUCCCAGGCACAAGGCAAGAUCAGCAGCUACAUGGUGAGAGUGAGGCUGCAUAAUGGCUCUGACAUGAGCAUGAGAUCGAACAGAACAGGCUACACGGCUGAAGAAACAUGUAUGCAGUCUGGGAUAGUAACGGAUGGAAAAGGAGUGGAGAAUGUCACUUCAUGUGCCCCACAAACCUGUGAUCAAGAAGAGAGCUGUUUCCAGUCUAUCCCUCUCAAAGUUCCCAUCACAGAAGUGAAAGCUGUUUCUGUGGCAGCUAGCACGACACAGGGUGAAUCGAUCCCAUCAUUCGUAGCAUUACCCAGGACUGAUGUGCCGACACCCACGGUGAAACCAAAGGUGAGAGGGGCAAGAAAUGAACUCAGCGUGUCGUGGUGUGUGCCCACAUGGUUCUCUGAGAGAGUGCAGGAAUUUGUAGUGCAGCAUAAGCCCAUAAAACUACAUCGCAUCCUGUGCCUGAACUGGGUCAAGGUGAACAAGAGCCAGAGCUCCGUUGUAGUCAAAGGUCCAUUGUGGGACUACACUGCAUACAAUGUAUCUCUGUUUGCAGUUGUCAAUAACUGUAGCCAUUUACUGGGGUAUAGUAUUGCAUACACUGUUCAAAAAGUCCCUCCGAAAGUCACAGACCUCCAAAUCAUGAACAUCUCUUCAUCCACCGUGGACUUGACAUGGACACCCAUCUCACUUAAUACAAGCCCAGGCCUCAUUCUGUAUUACUUGGUGCACCUUGAUAACGGCUCAGUGGUAAAUGUGAGCAGGCACAUGAGCAGUGUCCAGUUGCGUGAGUUAAAGCCCGGUCAGCAUUACGACGUCUGGAUCAGCGCUAUGACCGAAGCUGGUGAGGGAGAGAAGGCAACUACCAGUUUCACCACAAAAACCCCUGAUAACCCUAUCUUUGUCACAGUCAUAGUGAUUUCUAUACUCAUCAUUUCAUGCAUAAUUGUGAUUGUCUGGUGCUGUUCAUCACAGCAAUGGUCCACAUGGCCCCACAGAAUUCCAGACCCCAACAACAGCAGCUUGUUUAAAGGGGAGAACCUUCAUGCCCAAAUGAGUAGCAGUCCAUUCCACCACUCAUGGCCUACUGCUUGCACCCUUGUGGAGCACAGCUUAAAGAUUUCUAAUGUGGAGGAAGUAAUAGUUUCUGACAGCCCCCGUGUUCUGGAGGAUGACAGCAAACAGAUAGUUGGGUUACCAGAGGUACCGGAGGUGGAGCAGCAUCCAGCCCAGCUGGAGGAGGAGCCAGAGUCUGGAGUGGGCGAAGUUCAUGAGCAGGAAUCUGGAGGAUUCAAGAGAACCAGUUCUGCAGUGGUUCACAGAAGGAAAGACUAUAGCCAGGUGAUUGACAGUGAUUACGAGCAGGGCGGCGAAGAGGAUGAGGAAUGGGACGAGCAGCCACACCCCUCAGACUAUGAGAGACAUUUUUUGCCUUGCAUGUGACUGGCUUUGUGUACCCGGAACCUUGAUUCUUAUGUGUUGCCAUAGAAAUGGCUAUUGCAUUGAUUCCAAUAUUGUACUUUUUGUGGUACAUUUGAAAUUAUGUAAUGCAGGGGCAUGCAAAUUGAAUUUCAUAUUCAGAGCAUGCACUUUGACAUUCAUAAAAAUGUCAAAGAUAUUGUGACUAGCUUUUUAUAUCGGGAAGAAGAAGCCAUGCAAAGUCAUGGGUUUUUGCCACAACUUACGCACAUGAACAGCUUCCACUACUGUGAUCAGAGCUGGACUCUCCUGAAACUUUUAGAGAUGUGUAAAACCAGGUCUUAGUGUUUGUCAUUGUUUUUAUCUUAAAACGUUUUUAAAUGUUUAUUUGUUUUGUUCUUUUUACAAUUAUAUAAUGUUAUUUUUAUUCUAUCAUAUUAAACACAUUUCCUUAUAAUUUUCUAACACAUUUAGCUAAA